AUGAAGUUUCAGGGUGUGAGGACUAUUACAGCUUAUGCACUUGCUCUUUUACUUCUGGUAACGCUCGUCUCCCAUUCGUGCAGCGCACCAAAGGGCAGUUUCCAGAGGAGAAAUUGGUCACCUCAGGCAAUGCUGUACCUCAAGGGCACCCAGGGACGGCGGUUUAUCAGCGAGGACAGGAAAGAGGGAGACGUAUAUAACACAUUACAUUUAGAGACUCGGAGUCAAAACACAGAGAAACUCAGUGUGAACCAGGCAGCCACAGUCCUGCUCAAUUUCUUGCAGCAAGCCAAGGAGGAUGGAGAAGAAAAUCCUGAACAGCUGUACUUUCAAGACUUGCCGGCAUGGAAAAGAGAGUACUUCUGAUGCAUUUUAUAAUGUAUUUAUUAUUGUUGACAACAUUCUAAUCUAUUGCAUCUGUUGAUCUCUUGUUGUUGGAUGUAGACUAUUUAAUGCGACGUGAGAAACACUGGACUCUUAAG